AUGGCUGUAGGGCUGCGGCACAACCAUGACAUAUCAUUCAUCGCGACCCAGUGUAAGACCUUGGCCAUAGUCUACUACGUGACGAACUAUGCAACCAAAGUGGAGGAUCCCGUAUGGAAGCGUGUGGCAGCUGCGGCGGACGUAUUCCGCGUUCUGAAGGACUUGACAAAGGGGUCCCAGGUGGUUGUCGCGCAGGUUGCUAGCGAGGAUGACAGUCGUCAGAACAAGACGGGGCAGUUCUUGAUGAGGGUUGCGAACCGGAUAUCCACGGAGCGGCCCUUGUCGCAGGUAGAAGUCGUCGCCUAUUUGCUGGGCUACCCUACUGAGUUUGUAAAUAAUGACGCAUGGACGUUUUUAAAUGCAUCUUCCCUCUACUGGCACAUCUUCCGACGGUGGAGCCACCUGCGAAGCGCGAGUGGUAUGGAGCAUGUGGACGAGCCUAUGGACAAGACGGUCCUUCUGGAGGAAGCUGGGGAGAGGGUCUCCUUUGUGCAGGCAUACCCGCACCGUGGCAGACUUCUGCCAGCUACUUGGGGCGAGCUGGAGUUAGACAGUGUCUGGCCGCUCUCGCAGAUGUGGGUGCAGGCAUUGCGGAGGCCGGGUAGGCAUGCCGUCGUCUGUCUGGACGGCUACCUCUGCAUGGAUUUUGGGGAGGAAGAGGAGCUCUAUCACAGGAGGGCGGCCGUACAACAUCUGGCCAUCUUUGUCCCGUGGGAGUCGUUCUUGUCCGAGACGUCAGGCGAUAUCAAUACCAUUUGGGAGAGACAAAAACAGGGUCUGGCUCGCAGGGUGUCAUUCCUUGUAGACAACGUUCAACUACUCCGCCGGUCCGCCGAAGACGUGAAGCGAGAUGCCAGACAGUGGGCCGCCAUGUCCGGAGAGACAGAUCCUAUGGCUGACGUGACCGAGUCGGGCAUGGCUGAUGGCGAUGAUGAGCUGGGAAUAGGGUACCGGUCAGACAAUAUCGGCAAUGCAGCUCGCCUCAUUGACGUUUUCAGAAAUGCGGUGGGAAGUGGUCAGAUCACGACCGGAUCAAAGGAAAUCUCGACAAUGGUGCAGGAACUGUGCCGAUUUCAGCUAGCGUCCCUGUGCUCAACGGAUGAUCUGGGUGCCACGAUGGUUAUAGAGCGACGACCAAGAACACUCGGCCUCCGAGGACACCCAUCUUCGGGGGCAGAGAUCCCGAGACAGGAACAGGUCAGGUCUAUUAAAUCGCAGCAAAUAAGCGCGUCCAAGGAGAGGGAGAGAAUGAUCCAGGGGGUGCAGAGCCUGGGCAGUAACAACACGACGGGUCACAGUAGAGCUGCGUACAGUGUCCUUCACGGCUUCGGCGAGGACGACAUCUCCAUAACGGCCGCAGACUCGGAGACUGUCGCCGGGGCCACAGGCCCGUCAACGAGCAUCCGGUUUGGGCCGGCCACCUCGUUUCUGGAGGCAGGGAGGCAGUUCGCCGUGUCCUUCACGCUCAACCAAAGACAGAGCAUUGCCCUCCGACUGAUAUGCCGUCAAUUGGACCGAGUGCGUCGCGAUGAGCGAGGUACCUCCCAGCCCUGCCAAUUUGUCGGAGGCGAAGGCGGCACUGGAAAGUCGCAGGUCAUCGAAGCUAUCGCCGCGCUGUUUGCAAGCAAAGGAAUAUCACAUCGUCUGCUGGUAACGGCGACAUCAGGCACCGCGGCGGCACAGGUCAAUGGUAUUACUAUCCACUCCGCGUGCAAUUUGUCCAAAGGCAUCUCGCGAACAAGUCUAUAUACGCACGUCGACGGGAUUCGUUCUUCCAGCUCGGGUGACCUAUAUAUCGAUGGCCAGGCCAGGAUGGACUGGCACGAGAAAUGGCUGCUGAUCGUUGACAAGGUCAGCAUGCUUGGUGCGCGGACGUUACACGCCGCGAACAAGCAGCUGUGUAAGCUUCGGGGGUGCAUGGAAGACUUUAGCGGGAUUCCUAUUAUUGUCUUCUGCGGCGACUUCCACCAGUUCCGCCCCAUUUAA